CGCCGCUUCUAGUGCAGUGCGACAGAAUUGCACUGCAUUGUAUUUCAACCAUCAAUUAAUCGAAAAAUUAGCCACACACGUCCAACUUGAGUUGGGACUAGACAGAAAGACGCACGAUGCCCUCGACACAUAAAAAGGACAAGCCCUGGGAUACCGACGAUAUCGACAAGUGGAAGGUCGAGACCUUUACUGCAAAGGACAAUGCCGGCGGCACAUUUACCGAAGAGUCAUCAUUCGUUACAUUGUUCCCCAAGUACCGCGAAGUCUACCUGAAAGAGGCAUGGCCGCUGAUUACCAAGGCGCUGGAGAAGCACGGCAUCGCCUGCACGCUGGAUCUCGUAGAGGGUUCAAUGACGGUCAAGACGACGAGAAAAACGUUUGAUCCCGCUGCCAUCUUGAACGCGCGCGAUCUCAUCAAGCUGCUGGCACGAAGCGUCCCUGCUCCCCAGGCCGUCAAAAUCCUAGAAGACGGCGUCGCGUGCGACAUCAUCAAGAUCCGAAACCUGGUGCGGAACAAGGAGCGAUUCGUCAAGCGUCGCCAGAGAAUACUGGGCCCCAAUGGCUCUACGCUCAAAGCGCUUGAGCUGCUGACGGAGACAUACAUUCUCGUCCACGGUAACACGGUGUCGGCCAUGGGACCUUACAAGGGCCUGAAAGAGCUGCGGAGAGUGGUCGAGGACUGCAUGAACAAUAUCCACCCCAUCUAUCACAUCAAGGAGCUCAUGAUCAAGCGUGAGCUUGCCAAGGACCCCGAGCUGGCCAACGAAAGCUGGGAUCGUUUCCUGCCAAACUUCAAGAAGAAGACGCUGAGCAAGAGACGGGUGCCGCUCAAGGUUACAGACAAGGCCAAGAAGGUCUACACGCCAUUCCCGCCGGCGCCUGAGAAGAGCAAGGUCGACAAGCAGAUUGAGAGCGGCGAGUACUUCCUCAGCAAGGAGGCCAAGGACAGGGCAGCGCUCAGUGACCGCAAGGAGAAGCAGAAGCAGGCAAAGGAUGACAGGGCAAAGGAGCGAGCGGCGGAAUUCGUGCCGCCAGAAGAGGACAGGCCCAAAAAGAAGCGGAAGAAGAGCUCUGAGUAAGAUGGCUGGCCUGGCUUUGAUACAUCAGGUGUUGGGACGGUUAGGAGCGUUUGUUUAUGUGUUUAGGAAGAAAAAAACUGCAAUAAUAUCCAGAGGACAUUUGACAAGGGCCAUUGUUCAUAGGAGCGCCUCGUUCCUCUGAGAUUGUAGAAGGCAAUGUGAAUAUGGCCUUUGUACAGUGCACCACACAACAGAUUUAUGUAUAAUACAAAAAUAUUUGUUC